GUACAUACAUACUGUAUGACUGGAACUUAAGUUCGAAAAUGGCAGCGUUGAAGGAUGUUGUUUCUUUAUACAAAAAUUUAAAACAAGAAUGGACAGCAACUCCGUGUAACUUGAAAAAAUGCGGUGAACUAUUAAAUCAAUUAAAGGUUGGACUUACCCAUUUAAUGUUUCUUCCAACAUCAAACAGCACAGCAAGUCAAAAUGAAUUGCUUAUUGCUCGUGACAUUUUAGAAAUUGGUGCACAAUGGAGUAUAGUAACCGAAGAUAUACCUUCUUUUGAACGUUACAUGGCACAAUUGAAAUGUUACUAUUUUGAUUAUAAGUCAGGAUUAAUGGAAUCUGUAUACAAAUAUCAUCUUCUUGGUUUAAACCUUUUAUUUCUAUUGUCUCAGAAUCGAGUUGCUGAAUUUCAUACAGAAUUAGAGUUGUUACCUUCAGAUCAAAUACAGUCAAAUGUUUAUGUCAGACAUCCUCUAAGUUUAGAACAAUAUUUAAUGGAAGGUUCAUAUAACAAAAUAUUUCUAGCAAAAGGCAAUGUACCAGCGGCGUCGUAUAAUUUCUUCAUAGAUAUAUUAUUAAAUACCGUUCGUGAUGAAAUUGGAGCCUGCAUGGAAAGUGCAUAUGACAAAAUUUCUAUUCAGGAUGCUUCACGAAUGUUAAAUCUGAAUUCAGAAAAAGACAUGAAAGCAUUUGCAACAAAGAAGAAUUGGAACUUAGCAAAGGAUGGUUACUUUUACUUCAGUACGACUAGUGAAAAGAAAACUGAAGAACCAAUUCCCAGUGCAGAUUUGGCUACAUUAGCAAUUGAUUAUGCGAGGGAACUUGAAAUGAUCGUUUAAGAAACGUGUACAUUUUUCUGUAUUUUAUAAAUAAAUAAAGUUUGUCACAUAAUUAUUAAGAA